AUGAAGUGUACUACGAGAAGUUUUGUAACCGACGAUGAUAACGAUCGGAUAAGUCGUUUGCCCGACGAUGUUCUCGUCGGCAUUUUGUCUUUGCUAUUGCUAAAGGAAGCAGGCCGUACUAGUGUUCUUUCGUACCGUUGGAUAAACUUGUGGAAACACAUUCCCUCUCUCGAUUUCGACCCUGGCCGACGGAGCGAGUUAAUCGGUAGUGAUGUGCUCACAAAGUAUUUGAAAUGGGUGGACUCUGUUAUCUCAUCGCACAAAUCCCCCACCUUAAAACAAUUCAGAAUCAGUUUCCCUUUAAGCAAAUCAAACAGUAAUUCCAUCACUCGGUGGCUCGAAUUCGCGUUUUCGAAACACGUCCAGAGGUUGGAGUUGGACUUUUGUAUUUAUUUUAUAAAUACCAAUCGUUUUCCCGAGGGGUACUUAUUCGCCCCACCGACAACUACGCUCUCCGACUUUAAGUCCCUCAAAGCAUUGUCUUUUAAAAGCGUUGAUCUCAGCGGCGGAGCUAUCGAGUUCUUUUUACGUAACUGCCCUCUGCUCGAACAAUUGAUUGUCCAUUCCGCACGGAAAUUAUCAAAGCUCGAAGUUUGUGGCUCCUCCCUCGUGUUAAAACACUUGGAGAUAGUCCGUUGCCCGUUUUUGAAAUCGCUUAAAGUAGCCGCCCCGAGCCUUACUUCGCUUACAAUUAUGGAUUUUGAGGGAGUUUCGCUCGAGAAUAUUCCAACGCUAGUUGAUGUAUCCAUCACUUGUAAAGAUAACAAUGUCUCUCUGAAAAGUUUGCUCUCCGUAUUUUCUUGCUGCAUUUCGCGAUUGGAGACUCUUCACAUAAUGCUGGUGAGCUGUCAUGAUAUACGAAAAAAAACGGACGAGCUCUGCAAAUUCGCCGAGAUGACUGGAUUGAAGAAAUUGGUAGUUGAACAUUAUUCAUUUGAUGAUGAAAGUUUAAGUAGACUCGCUUUUUUGAUAAGGAUAUCUCCUAAUUUGGAGGAAUUUGUUUUAAAGAGUAGAGGGUUCGAUGGUUUUGCAGUAAGAAUGCCUAGACGAGUCUAUGAUGAUGAUGACAAUGAUGAUGAUAUAUGGUGUCGGCACGAGCAUCUUAAAGUGUUUGAGUUUUGUGGCUAUAACGGUCGCACAUGUGACGAUGCAUUAGUCGAAUGCAUAUUGAAGAAUUGCAUUGUGCUUGAGAAAAUAAUAAUUGAUCCGUGCAUCGAAUAUUCCUACAACAGAUUCAGUCGCUCGUACAUGGAAAAAUGUGCGAGAACCAAGGCAAAGAAACAUCAUGUUGAAUUUGUUAUUCGUUAA